CAAAGAGGGAGCCUAGCUCCUCCUCGACGAUCGUAUCCGCUGCUCGCCCGGGGGCGCAACCGACAAGAACGGGAGCCAGCCCCUCCUCGACGAUCACACCCGCCACUCGCACUGGGGACACAACCGACAAGAUGGGGUGCCAGCCUCACCUCGACGAUCACAUCCCGCCACCCGUCUCAGCAGCGACGGCCAACAAAGAGGGCGGCCAAGCCCUCUUUGAAGGUUGCGUCCUGCCGCUCGUCCCGGGGACACAAUCUAAAAGAAGGGAGGCCAGCCCCUCUACGAUCGCUUCCCGCCGCCCGUACCUGCAAAAAAAAGACAUCCGAUGAAAAGGCAUCCAGCUCCUCGACGGCGCCGCUCGACGCUAUUGGAAACGACCGAUAAAAUGGCAUCUAGCCCCAUCUCGACAAUCACGGCCCGCUGCUCGACUACAUGAUCUAAAAAAAGGGAAACCAGUCACCCUACAGGAUAGCAUCCUCUUUGCUGUCGCGUCCAGCCAAUGUCCUCCAGCUUGCAUUGGUCCGGAUAAGAUGACUUUCUAAGCUCCCCCUCAACAAUUCUGCUACACCUUAACCUCAGCCCGCUCGCGUACGUCCUGUGGUCCUCGUUAUGACCCGAUGACUCUAAGCUCUAGCAUGACGUAAGAAGGCAAUCUUUCUCUUCAGCCAGCCCAGGAACGAGUUUGACCGAGGCGUACGUCCUCUUCCGACGUUGCGGGAAUGCGCUGUAACCAUCGAAUGGGGAGAUGGGUUUGACAUCUGCGAGACAUUGAUUAUCCCGAGGCCAACACGCUGUGAUACUUGGCCAUUUGCGGGCCACCACCGAUCGCAACCAGGACUAGCCUUGUUGCUGGGACGUUUUUUGUUGGGACAUCUGGCUGCCUCUGCGAGUUCCG